AUGGAUAAGUUUAUCGAUGGAGCAGCAAACUUUAAAGGAGUCGAAAUUGGGGCAAUCCUAAUUUUGGAAUCUGGACGGCACUAUCGAGCAUCGACAAAGAUAAGAUUCCUUUGUACCAAUAAUAUGGCUGAAUAUGAAGUGUGCAUCCUUGGGAUCAAAAUGGCAGUCAACAUGAACGUUAAAGUACUCUUGGUCAUAGGGGAUUUCGAUCUAUUGAUAUACCAAGUUCAAGGGGAAUGGACCACCAAAAGUGUCAAGAUCCUUCUGUACCUGCACUGCGUGAAGGAGCUAUGCAAAAAGUUCACAAAGAUUGAGUUCAAGCACGUCCCUAAUAUUCAGAACGAGUUUGCUGACGCCUUUGCAACUCUAUUAUCCAUGAUUAAGCAUCUAGACAAGAACUAUAUUGACCCUAUAGAGGUAGAGAUCAAUGAAGAUCCAGACAGUAAACCAUGGUAUCACGACAUCAGGAAAUUCCUUGCAACCAGAGAAUACCCGGAGAAUUCUACUAAUGGUCAAAAGCGAGCCCUCAGGAGGUUGGCAAACCAAUGUUUCUUGAACGGGGAAGUCUUGUACAGGAGGACCCCAGAUUUAGGUUUGUUGAGAUGUAUAGAUGCUGCCGAGGCAACCAGGUUAUUGGAAGAAAAAUAUGCAGGAAUAUGCGGACCCCACAUAAAUGGGUUCACAUUAGCCAAGAAGAUCUUGAGAGAUGGAUACUUUUGGAUGACUAUGGAAAGUGACAGUAUCCGCUACAUACAAAAGUGUCACCAAUACCAGAUUCACGGUGAUUUCAUCCGGGUUCCACCGAGUGAGUUAAAUGUGAUGGGUUCAACCUGGCCGUUCGCCGCUUGGGGCAUGGACGUGAUUGGACUUAUAGAGCCCGCCGUCUUAAAUAGGCAUUUAUUCAUCUUAGUAGCUAUCGACUAUUUCACUAAAUGGGCUGAAGCAUUUACUUACAAGGUCUUCACAAAGAAGGUAAUGGUAGAUUUCGUCCAGAACAACAUCGUUUGCAGAUUUGGAAUACCGGAGUCUAUCAUCACUGACAAUGCUGCUAACCUCAACAACGACCUCAUGAGAGAAAUCUACGAGAAGUUCAGAAUCGUCCACCGCAAUUCCACAGCCUACAGACCACAAAUGAAUGGGGUAGUCGAGGUAGCUAACAAGAAUAUCAAGAAGAUUCUAUGA